AUGAGUCAUCAUCAUCAUCGAAGCAGGAGUCGGUCUCGUUCUCGCAGUCGACACCGACAUCGUCCUAGUCAACAAGAUGAGACUCCAAAGAGUGUUAGACAAAUUAUCUUCGAGUCAAAACUCAAUCCACUAAAUCAGCGAGCGCUUUCAAGACAUUAUUUUGACUUGUUGCGUUCCCGGCGUUCUCUACCCGUUUUUGCGUCCUUGGAUGUUUUUGAAGAGGCUUUCAAAAAGAAUUCUGUGCUUAUCGUUGAAGGAGAGACAGGAAGUGGCAAAACGACUCAGAUUCCUCAGGCUAUCUUGUUACAUUUAUUGUAUUCCCAUUUGGAUCAUGUUCCCCACAUUGCUUGCACGCAGCCUCGUCGCGUGGCUGCAAUCAGCGUAGCAAAGCGUGUUGCCGACGAAAUGGACGUGACUUGCGGCGACGAAGUGGGUUACUCGGUCCGCUUCGAAGAGCAAACGAGUUCCAAAACGAUGCUCAAAUACGUGACAGACGGCAUGCUUCUACGCGAAGCCCUCACCGACCCUCUUCUCAAACACUACGACGUCGUGAUCCUCGACGAAGUCCACGAGCGCACGCUCCAAACCGACGUGAUUCUCGGCAUGAUCAAAGAAGUCUUCCACUACCGCUCCGAUCUCAAGCUGAUCAUCAUGUCCGCCACCCUCGACGCCUCCUCCUUCCAGCACUACUUCCCCAACGCGCCUCUUUUUAAAGUCCCGGGCAGUCUUUUCCCCGUCGAGCUGUUCUACACGCAGGAGCCCGAGCCCGAUUAUCUCCAAGCCGCGCUCCGCACCGUCACGCAGAUCCACUUAUACGAGCCUCCGGGCGACGUUCUGCUCUUCCUCACCGGCGAGCAGGAAAUUCUCGACCUCUGCGCAAAGCUCAGCCGCGCCAUGGCCACGUGGCCCGUCGACAAGCGAACCCUGCUCAUCGUCCCGCUGUUCUCUUCUCUGCCGCCCGCGCAGCAGCAGGCGGCGUUCCAGGAGACGCCGGAGGGGAUGAGGAAAGUGGUGGCGAGCACGAACAUCGCGGAGACGUCGGUGACGAUCAACGGGAUCGUUUAUGUGGUGGACACGGGGUUUUGCAAGCAGAAGUUCUUCGAUCCGAAGACGCGAGUGGAGUCGCUGCUGGUGACGCCGAUCUCGCAGGCGGCGGCGAAGCAGAGGGCGGGAAGAGCCGGGAGAACGCAGCCGGGGAAAUGCUUUCGGCUGUAUACGGAGCAGAGCUACUGGGAUCAAUUGUCUAAGCAAACCACACCCGAAAUCCUCAGAAGCGACAUCGCUUCCACCGUUCUCAUGCUCAAACGCCUCGGCGUUCAGAACCUCGCCAAGUUCGAUUUCAUGUCUCCUCCGCCCUCCCAAACCCUCAUCCGCGCCUUAGAAACUUUGUAUUCCCUCACUGCCCUCGACGCCGAGGGACGAAUCACGGAAAUCGGAUCGAUUCUCGCCGAAUUUCCAUUAGAACCCCAACUAGCCAAAUGUUUGAUCACUUCGCCGCUUUACGGCUGCGUUCUGGAGAUGCUUUCCAUCGUCGCCAUGCUCUCCGUGCCCUCCGUCUUCUCACGCCCCUCCCAUAAUCGUGGAAACCGUAGAAACCGAAGUGGAAUCGGCGACGAAAUGAACAGCAAUUUUACCUCAUCGAAUUCGAUGGAAUUCGAAAGUCGUCGCGAAUUCGCAGAUCCCGAAUCCGAUCAUAUAACAUUACUAAACAUAUUCGAUGCGUAUCAACGCAUUUCACUUGCUGAAAGAUCGAAUUGGUGCGCAGAACAUUGUCUCAAUUCACGCUCUUUAUUGCAGGCGGCCAAUGUACGCGAGCAGCUGUGCUCGCUCUUCGAAAGGCUGCGUUUGCCGGUUCCUUCUUCGCAGUUUGUUCCAUUUAAUGAGCGAAAAAUCAACGUGAAACGAUGCCUCUGCCGCGGGUUUUUCAUGCAGUCCGCGGUGUUCGAUCGCGAUGGGAACUACAGGACUGCAAAGGACAAUCAAGCGGCACGCAUUCAUCCAUCAUCGACUGUGUCGGGAAGCUCGCAGUGGGUUGUAUAUAAUGAGCUGGUCAAAACGACCGGGAAUUAUUUGCGGACGGUGACGCAGGUGGAUGGAAAAUGGCUGGCGGAAAUGGCGCCGGAUUACUUUGAUGUGAGCACAUUUCCGGAGGGAAGGAUGAAAGAAGAGCUGGUUGCGCUGUAUCGAGGAAUGCUUCGAGUGUAA